GACCAAACCUUAACUUCCUGUUGAUAACUUUUUAUUACCAUGGCAACAGGGAAAAGAGAUGUAAAUACAGUGAAGUCCAAGUCAUCAAAAUCUAAAAAGGCUGGAGGGAUACAAGUGUCAAAAGUGGAACAUGACAUUGACGAAUUCCUGGAGAAUUUCCGAAGAAAGAGUUCUACUUUGGACCAGCCGCUGAGUUGCGACGUUCAUGACACCCUCAGACUUCCUCCUAGGAGUUACAGCUCGUCUCAGUGUUCCACAGAUGAGUGCACGGACGAGAGUCCAGACAGAUCCUAUUUUACGGCUCCUUCAAUGUUUGUGAAGGGUCACCAUCGCCAACACAGCAAUACGACAAGUGAGUCUGAGUGGGGACCCGACUAUGAUGAAGAAAACACUAAAGAGGAGAUCAUCGAGAAACUCAAUGCUCGAGUACAGCACUCAAAAAAGGAGAAAAUGGUUGAGCAAGAGAGUGACUUGAUGGAAGAACAAGAAUGUCCGUACAGUGUACUAGAUGUAGCCUCCCUCAUACAGUCUCGAUAUGCUUAUAUCACAGGUGGAAAAGCAAAAAAUGGUGCCUUGAUUCUGACAUUUCCAGAAAAUCCUCAGCAUCCACAGAUACCUGACGAGGAAUACCGAAAGCUUGUCAACUUCCUGUGCUGUGUUCCGACGUUGGCUGAAUCUGAGCAGGGUUUUGUAAUUGUGUUAGACAGACGACAAGCGAGCUGGAACGAUGUCAGGGCACUCUUACUAAAAAUGUCGGAAUUUUUCCCAAAACAUAUACAAGUUGUGUUCUUGCUGCAACCAAAAGGGUUUUUCCAAAGAGCAUUUGCUGACAUGAAAUCCAAGUUUGUGAAAGAGGAACUAGAAUUUAAGGUUGUGUUAUGUAAUGAGCCGAGUGAGAUGUUUGACUACAUAAGCGAGGAUCAGUUAACUACAGAUGUGGGGGGUAAACUCGAGUUUGACGCCAAUGAAUGGACUCAACACAAAUCUGCUGUAGAGAAGUUUGCUUCCAACACUGAGAAGAUGGGUACCGCGGUCAAGGUUUUAGUGAAGAAAUAUGAGGAAAUAGAGAUUCCUAACGAUGUUCCCGGGAUGGAGAAACUGAUCCAGGACCAUAUCCAGGGGCGUAAGGAAAUCCUCGACGACCAGGCCUCCACGGUUACCCACGGAGAAACGCUGCUGAGUUGUAUUAGGGGGGAUAACUCUGAAAUCCACUUUACUCAGGCUACACAUGUUAGAAGUCUAGAGAAACUUCUGAUAAAACUUGAGGAGAUUAAGAAAGAGUUUGAGGGAUUCUGGGCUCGACAUGAAAAGCGACUCAAACAGGCACUGCUUCUACGGCAAUUUGAGGAAGAAUUCAAAUUAUACCAGUAUAAUGUGGAACGUAAGCUGGAAUGGCUACAGACCAAAAUGUCCCAACUCGGAGACUCUCUGGAUAAAGUCGAGGAGCUGUUCCAGGAAUUCGAGGAGUUUGAGAAUGAAGCACAGAAGGACUUGGAGCAGGCAGACAGAAUGCGUGGGACAGGGGACCAGCUAAUUUCCCAGGACAGCUAUGCGGUAGAUUCAAUCCGCCCAAAGUGUAUUGAGCUUCAGCGAAUGUGUGACCAGUACAAGUCACUACUGAGGAGACGGAGGGAGAUGCUCAAUAAGUCACAUGAUCUCCAGGACAGAAUUGAUAAGGCCAAUAAAUGGUGCAAUAAGGGAGUGGAGCUGUUGUCUAACCUGCCACCAGAGCAUUGUCAGUCAGCAGAGGACACACGGUCUGCCAUCGAAGACAUCGAGAACUUCAUGACAACAUCCAGUCAGCUCCGACUGAACAAUCCCAAGGAGUUCCGACAACUGUUUGAGAGCAUGAUAACUCCCGAAACCAGGACGGUAGUUCAAAAAGUUUUAAAGAAAAUGGAGGACGUUAAAACGAUGUUUGAAAAGAGACGACACAACUUCCAGGCCAACAUCCAUAACCGUCAACCCUCCAGCUCCGGGCCGAUUCGAGCCGUUCAUCCUGGGACAGACAGGAGUUCCGCAGACCGUCCUGAACGCUUACCCAAAGUCCCAAAUGAAUCUAACAAACAGAUAGAUAUAUACAACAAGUCUGCCAGAAUACGGACAGAUAUGCCUUCUCAUUCCCGCGCUUCUCAGCACACUGGCACCAGUGUCAGUAACAUCUCUGACACAGGAAGUGAGAAAACGCGGAGCUCGUUGUCUUCCAUGUCGUUAGGAUCAUCAAUAUCAGAUAUUGACACAUUACUAGCAAAGCGAAGACAUGUAUUGAAUGAAUUGAUUGAAUCAGAGAAAACCUAUGUCUCACAGCUGGCAGACAUUGUACAUGAUUAUGAACGUAAGCUGGACGACCCAGAUAUGAGACACUUGGUACCCGAUGCCCUCAGAGGCAGAAAAGAAAUCCUAUUUGGGAAUUUAGAACAAAUCUACAGGUUCCAUAAAGAUAAAUUUCUCCAUGAAUUAGAGGACUGCCAUGAUGCCCCAGUUAAAGUGGGACAAUGUUUUACAAAUAGAAAGGAAGAGUUCCAUCUGUAUAGUGUGUACUGUCAAAACAAGACUCGCUCAGAGACUCUCAGGAAUCAGGUUGGAGAUCAGAAUCCAUUCUUCCUGGAGUGCCAGAGACGACUUGGACACAAACUUCCACUGGGAGCCUAUCUACUGAAACCGGUGCAGAGGAUCACCAAAUACCAAUUGUUACUCAAGGAGAUGUUACGGUUCAGUGACCAUGAUCAGACCUGCGAGGCCCACCUACAGGAAGCCCUGGAUUGUAUGUUGGAGGUCGUCCGCUACGUUAACGACAGUAUGCACCAAGUAUCCAUUGUAGGCUUCCCUGGUAACCUUUCUGAACAAGGAAAGCUGAUCAUGCAGGGAAGUUUUCAGAUGUCGACAGAGCACAAGGGUAAAAUCAAGGACUUGAGAUUUAAACCAAUGCAGCGACACAUGUUCCUUCAUCAGAAGUCAAUUCUCCUGUGUAAACGCAAGGAAGACACAAACAGCAGUGACAAAGUUGUCUACAGCUUCAAAAACCUCCUGAAGUUGUCUCAGGUUGGAUUGACAGAAAAUGUAAAGGGAGAUAAGCGAAAGUUCGAGUUGUGGCUUCGUGGGAGGGAGGAGGUGUAUAUCAUUCAGGCCCCCAGUCUCGCUGUGAAAGAAAUGUGGGUCAAAGAAAUCAAAAGAGUGUUAAUGAACCAGUUUGAUGAAAUCAAAGCUGUGAAUCACAUGCAUAAUACUAGUAACAAUUACCGAGUCCCUGAUCAGGAGCCUAGCAAUGGACACAGUUCUCGCAGAUAUGUAGAUAAUUGGAGGACCCACAACCACAUGAUAUUCAACAACAUUUCCACUGUACCCCAGGGGCUAGAAAUGAUGUCUCCUGAGUCCCCACCCCGGGGCCCAAGGGAAGAAGAUGGGGGUUGGGAUACUGAUGAUUUUUCUGAAGGAGAGGAGGCAACGUCUCAUCAAACCUACUCACCACCCACACAGAAACAGCCAGUUUACAUGCAGCAUUUCCGUUCCCUUGGUAACUACACAGCCAGUGACCCUUCAGAGUUGACCUUGUUAGAGGGUGAUGUAGUCAAGGUUAUAAAGACGGCAUCCACAGGGUGGUGGUAUGCCCAACACACGAUCACUCAACAAGAGGGGUGGGUCCCCUCUACCUAUAUGGAACCACUGACAGACAACUCCCUUUCUAGUAUCAAUUCCAGUCCCCAUGACUAUAAAUCCAGCUUAACCAGUGUGUAUACUGCUAGUCCUGUGGACGAAUCGACUGUAUAACCAGAGUUACUCCCCUUUGCAUUGUUGUACAUUAAUUGCUUUGAAAUCCUUGUCAACUUAUAAAGCUUGGAAAUUUCUGACAUCAUUUGCUGCUGAUAAGAAUAACUUCAGACAGAUGGAAUAUUUAUUUACAGUUUACAUGUAUAUCUACCUGCAAGGCAGUAAAAACAGUUCCCACAUCUGUGUUUAGUUUUAACCCCAUGAAAAAGUGAAAUGAUUUUAGACGACAGACUGAAAGUCAUCAGAUUUGUCUGUCUACAUUUCUUUGGAGAUGUGGUGUAAAAUUUAUGAAAGUAAUCUAUGAGUCUAACUUGUUAAACUGUUUUGAGGACCAAUAAGUCAUGGAACCUUGAAAUUCAAAAGCAAGUAUCCUUGGCCUUGGGAGUCAAGCUUUGUGGAAAUGACAUUGACCAUUCAUUGUUCUGAGUUGAAGAUCGGAGAAUGAGAGGGACAUUGUAGGGGUCAAAUUCCCAACGGAACAUGGACACCAAAAUGUCUAUUCCAGUGGAGGCUCUAUAUACUACAGAACCUCCAGUCUUUCUAGUCGUACAAUACUUUUGUUUUUGUUUGCAAUAAUCUCAUGCCUUGUUUCAUGUUUACAUUCCACUUAUUAACUACGCUCUAGUUGUUUUACAACAUUCCAGAAUGCAUUUAUUUAUAGAAUUUUACCAAAUGUAUUCCUCAUUUUUAUUCAACCUCAGAUGUUCAUUUUAUAUUGUAUCCACUGUUAAUGCUUUUUAUAAAAGUGUAGAAGGCAAAUAAUUUUUUUUUACCUGGUACGUUCCUAAAAGUGCUUGGAUACGAAAAAAUAUUUAGGAAAGACAUGUAGAAACAUAAAAAUUAUAGUUCUAUUAAUCUUCCGUUUUGAGGAACUUGGUUAAUAUUUUGUAUUCAUAGUUAUGUUUUCAAUCAAAUACAUGAUCAUGUAUAUUUUUAUUCCAUGCAGUGAUGCAUUUAUAGGUCUUUCAUCAAUAGCUCCAUUCAGUGUUAUGUAAUAAGCUACUGUACGUUACUAUGCAUCUCUCUCUCUCUCUCUCUCUUUGCUGUUUCCUGUGAUACAUAUACAAGACCAAGUGCUGGUUGUAGCUCAUGUAGAAUGUAUUAUAAGAGGGAAAGUUUGGCUUUUAUGAAAAAUAUUAGAAGGAAAAACAAAAUGAAUCGGUUGUAUGAUAUUUUAAUAAAAGCAGACAGUGCCAUGCCCAUACAUCGUAAAUAGAAGGUUGUCAGUAAAAUUUUUAUGCUCUUAAAAUUUAUUUUGCAUGUCAAAAUUAUUUUUUACACCACCAGGCACAUGUUGUUGUUUUUUCAUUGGCAGAAACUUUUUUUGCUGUUAAAAUUUGUUCUGCAGUACGUUAUAAAUAUAUAUUGUUGCUAUGAGAUAGUUUGACAUUUUAUUAAUGUUUAUCAUGUACAUGUAUUAAAGAUUUACAAGUUACAAAUAUAUGUUAAACUUUGGAGUAAAAACUUUAUUAGAACAGUUAAAUGGCUGUAAAUAUUUUUUUAUAUUAGGGACAUUUAAAAAUCUAAUCGUGUCAUACUGUUUGCUUGAAUAUUACAUGCAUUCCAGCAAUUAAUAUUUUAUCAAAAUUUUUUGUAUAUGUAUGUAGACCAUGUUAUUUAUUACAUUGUUUAUGUUUUAAUAAUAUAUAGUAUAUGUAUAUGUCAGUUGUUAUGGAGAUUUCAUUAUUUCUGAAAUUUACAAGAAUAAAAUCUAAACAGUUGUCUCAA